ACCGUGACCUGAAACCACAGAACAUCCUGCUGUCGUACGCGGGCCGCAAGAGGUCCAACGUCAGUGGCAUCCGCAUCAAAAUAGCUGACUUUGGCUUUGCACGGUACCUCCAGAACAACAUGAUGGCAGCCACGCUGUGUGGAUCACCCAUGUACAUGGCCCCAGAGGUCAUCAUGUCCCAGAACUACGAUGCCAAGGCCGACCUGUGGAGCAUAGGGACUGUCAUCUACCAAUGUCUGGUCGGCAAGCCACCAUUCCAGGCUAAUAGUCCCCAAGACCUGAGGAUGUUUUACGAGAAGAACAAGAAUCCACAACCUAUCAUCCCAAGGGAGACCUCCCAACAACUUGGCCACCUUCUGCUUGGGCUGCUUCAGAGGAACCAGAAAGACAGGAUGGACUUUGACGCCUUCUUCAGCCAUCCUUUCCUGGUGCCAAUAGUCACCAUAAAAAAAUCGUGUCCGGUGCCGGUGCCUAGCACCUCCAACGCAGCAACGGACAGCUCCUGUGGCAGCUCCCCAUGCAUCCGCUACAACUCCCCUCCUUCUCUCCCGGACAUGCAGACUCUAGCAGAAGACGGUCUGUCGUCCCCUCCGCUCGGUCCGCCCAACUUCCUGCAGCUUUCCAAAGAGUCUGCAGGAAGCACCAGCAGCAAGAACUCGUCCUCCGAUACUGACGACUUUGUGCUGGUGCCUCACAUCUCCACUGACAGCUACGACCAGCCAAUGGGAGCGGGUCGUCGACUGUCCAGUGAGUGGGGGCAGCCGCAACCAGCCCCUGGACAGACCCCUAUGGUGUCCCCACGGGCUGAGACCACCCCCAUCCCUGUUCCCACGCAGAUCCGGAACUACCAGCGCAUCAAGCAGAACCUCUCCAGCAGCCCGACCACCACGCUGUACAGCUCCCCCAGGUCCGGCACAGUGAGGCGCUCCAACACUAGUCCUAUGGGGUUUCCCAAGGUGGCCUCGGGGUCCCCCAGCUCGGCGGACGUCCCUCAGACCGUCAGCAGGCGUCUCUCCACCGGCAGCUCCCGGCCCUACUCUCCCUCACCUCUGGUGGGCACCAUCCCCGAGCAGCUGGGCCACUGCUGCUGUCACAUGCAGAGCCACGAGCCCCGCAGCCGCAGCUCCUCAGGAGGUUCCCCCGUCCCGUCCUCUCAGCUACUGGGGGCCCGGCUCCAGAGUGCCCCCACCCUGACUGAGGUCUACCAGACCAGGCAGAAGCUCCACAAGCAGUUAUCAGACCCGGUUCAGCCUUCCUCCUCCGCCUCCUCUUCCUCCUUCAGUCAUUCCCCUCAGUUCGGCCGCCCGGCCAACCUUGGCUCCUCCCCCACAAAGCUCCUGGGCACCUCCCCCCGCACGUCCGACUGGCUGCAGAAGUCCCCGCUGCCCACCAUCAUCGGCUCUCCCACUAAAACCAUAUCGGCCCCGUUCAAGAUUCCCAAAACGCAAGCGUCUUGUAAUCUGAUGGCGCUGGCGGACAGCCCCGUGCCCACCAAGACGUUGGCAGAUGCUCGGGAAAUGUGUGCCCACCACUGCAACCCGUACCUCUCCGGACGCCCCGCGGCCCCCGAGGCCAGCAGGACCUUUGGCAGGUCCGUUAGUACAGGUCGUCUGUCUGAGCAGCAAAUCAGAAUCACUCUGGGGGGACAGGCCUAUCAGGGCAGCAAUGACAGCCUGAACACAGAGCGACCCAUGGACACAGCCCCUGCAGGUCCCAGUGGGCUGGUUCAGGGUAUGUCAGCGAGCCCCCGUACCGUCCUCUUCACCGUGGGUUCACCGCCCAACAGCAGCACUCCGCCCACCUGCAGCCACAUGGGCACACGACCCCGCACCACCUCAGUGGGCUCCAACAGUUCUGGCGGCUCCCUGUGCUCCACCAGCGGUCGGGUGUAUGUGGGGUCUCCCCCCGGCAUGGCCAUGGGCUGCUCUCCUCCAGGGGGUUUCGGGGUGAGUCAGGUUGCUCACGGGAGUGAUGGGGCACCCAGCAGCCUGCGCUACGUUCCCUAUGGGACCUCCCCCCCCAGCUUGGAGGGGUUCAUCACAUUCGAAGCCCCUGAGCUGCCCGAGGAGACUCUGAUGGAGCGAGAGCACACAGACACGCUGAUGUACCUCCGCAUGAUGCUCUCCUUCACGGACUGCGUCCUGGAGAUGGCAGCAGUGCGAGCCGGAGGGACGGAGCUCGGCGUGUCGUCCGCCUCGCUCUACCCCCCCCAGGACAGCGUGGUGGUAGACCAGAUCAGCCAGCUCAGCAAAGAGUGGGGGCAGGUGGAGCAGUUGGUGCUCUACAUGAAGGCGGCUCAGCUCCUGGCUUCCUCUCUGCAUCUGGCCAAGGCGCAGAUCAAAUCAGCCAAGCUCAAUCCUUCCAGUGCCGUCAAACAGGUGGUGAAGAGUCUGAACGAGCGUUACAAAAGCUGCAUCUCCCUCUGCCGGCGGCUGACAGACAAACUCAACCACUUCUUCUCCGACAAGCAGCACUUUAUGGACGAGAUCAACAGCGUCACAGCGGAGAAGCUCAUCUACAAUAAUGCCGUGGAGAUGGUUCAGUCUGCGGCUCUGGAUGAGAUGUUCAAGCAGACCGAAGAUAUCGCCUACCGCUACAGCAAGGCCGCCAUGCUGCUGGACGGCCUGUCCAAGAUCCUGCAGGACCCCACCGACAUUGAGAACGUGGUCAAGUACAAGGCCAGCGUGGACCGCAGGAUCUCAGCCCUCUGCUACUGCACUGUUACACUAUACGAGUAGACACACACACACACACACACACACACACACACACACACACACACACACACACACACACACACACACACACACACACACACACACACACACACACACACACACACACACACACACACACACACACACACACACACACACACACACACACAGGGACCACGUCCUAAGACUAGUAACUACCAUCCUCACAAAGACCCUGAUCCUCCUGUAGCAGUUCAAGCACUUUUCAUUUGCCAGUUUCAUCUGUAUUUAUCCUCCCACUGGCUGCAUCACGGACUGAGCUGUGACCAGCGACUGAUGCACAAAACAACCAAAGAUGAUCCAGAAACUAAAGACUGAAACUGGAUGUGGACACAAUGCAUGCACCUCCAUGUGCAUUUUUCUUCCUACGCCAUGAUGGUGAAAAAUCCAUCUGAUCAACAUAAAUAUAUCUAAAAACCAUAUUUCCAUCUUUCAGGAUAUCAUUGUUUUUUACCAGAAGAACAAGAGGAUGGACAGGACUAUGAAACGGCCUCAAGAGACUCCCCAUGGAGCAGUUUAAAAAAGAAAAACCUGCUUACUCUGUGAUAUCAGUUGUUAUUUACUCUGUGUUUAAGUUGUUAUUGUUCUUAUUUAUUGGUUCAGAAGAACAUGGAGUCUCCUGCCUAUUUUGAAAUAACCUCAAGUAUUGGAGCGGAAGGAAAUCAAGCAGAUGGCUGAUCACUGUAACAAAUCCAACAACUUUUACGUGAAACACAAACAGUUUUCACAGAAAACGACAGCCGUGUGAGCAAAGGAACCUGAAGAUUUGAGAUGUUUUUAGCUCAAGCACUUUACUGUGGAGAGGUGUGUCAGUAUAAAAUCUGAAGGUAUACAUGUGAAGGCAGGGGAACGAUCGCUCCCGCUCCCACCCCUCAAUACUUACUGAUUAACUGAAUGCAUACAUUUCCCAUAAGGCAGAGCAACCAGGGAAACGGUUAUCUUAGACGAGACAAAUUGCCUAGAGCUCUUCUUUUAAGAUCAAAUAAAUGUUCUCUUGAAAUUAUUUUUAGCCAUGGAAAGACAAUUUAAGUCUUUACCAUUAAGGUGCAGUUGUUGAUACGAUUAUUCACACACAAUUACAUAGCAGGGGAAUUUUGAUUGGCUUGUAUCAACCGGAUGUUCAUUUUCCACUCGCAACAAGAAAACAUCUAAAAACUAUUGACAUGUAUUUCCCUCGUUACCCCGUUUUGUAGGAAUGUAAAGGAGUUCAAAAUAUAUAUAAACAUGACGACUUAAUACGUUUAAUUUUACUAAAGGAAUACAGCUUUUAUGUUCCGUCAGUAUCUGUAGUAUUUUUUUUUUAACAACUUGAUGUUUGCAAUCUUGUAAAUAUUUGUAUGUGGUGCAUGUGAUGAUUCCUUUCCCCUCUUUUCGGGAGGGGUCUUGUGUGUUUAUGGGGUGUCGGUGACGCUGUCAGAUGGCCUGCCUGUCAGUCAAAGAGCACAAAUCUUUAUAUGUACAUAGCUGAAUUUGAUACAUUUUAUUCAUGUCUGCCAAGGGGUUUUUUUAAUAAGAGAAACCUUUUUUGGCACAACAGGGGUGUGCCAAAGAAUAAACUCUAACUCGUGGCAGCUCUUUCUAUCAGGACUGUUUGUUGUUCAUAUCAAGACACAUAUUUGCUUAGUGGGAAAGUUUCUGAAAUAAAAAACAAAUUUCCCAACAUUGUACUUGAUUUGUCACAAUCUGCACUGCCUAGCAUCCGCUCUGUCCCUUUGCCUCCCCUCAUCUGCUGUGCUCCUAAAAGUGUAUGUACUGUAAGUAUGUAUGAGUCAGUGUAUAUAGACACACUUGCCAGGUGUGCAUUAAGGCCAGUAGUAAACAGUUAGUGAUGGAAAAGGAGGUGCCUUCCUCUGUACAGGUGUGAAUACAUUAUUUUUCUGUGUACAAAUGUGUAUAGAUGCAUUCACAGGCACCUUAGGCCUGUUUCUCUCAUGUACUGUUUUAUUUUUAUUUUUUAAAAGACAUAUCUGGGUUUCCUUCGUUCUCGUCAUGAGCACUCACUCAUGAACCACACAAAGCCUUUACUGCACACAGAGUGAAGAGGGACAACAAAGGCUAACGGAAACCCGCCCCAAUCUUCGCUCUGUACCAUUUGUGUCCAUGGACUGUAACUGAAAUUGGACUGUUUUAAGAUGGAGCAUGGUACUGCGGCUGCAUUUUUACCCUGUUAGAACCUCUAGAAUCUUGAAUGUUCUGUAUGUACCCCGUUGUUUUGCGCCUCUCCAGCUUGAUCUGAAUGCAUUUAGAAGAAACCUGCCGUCAGUCAUGACCCUGAAAAUGCAACACUUUCCAAGCACCCAUUUUUUUCCAGAGAAAUGUUAACGUUACACUCGUGUCCCUCACUGAGGGAUGUCAGUCUUUGUUCUUUAUAGAACCCAAAUACAGUCUUUGUUAUUAAAAAGAGAAUACAUUAAAAA